AUGUUAAGAGUUCACUGUAAUAGUAGAAGACUUUUGACCACCUCAACAAGAUUAUUAAAUGUCAAACUAACAGAGACUGUAAAUACAAGCACAACAUCAAAUACUAUCAAUGAAAUAAAAGGCAAAUCUUCUUGUCCAAUGGGUACUAAAUUAAAUUUAGAUAUCUGGAAGGAUCCGAAGAGGGAUCCAGUAGCUAAAGCAGAUAAUGAAUAUCCAGAUUGGUUAUGGAAUAUAAUUCCAUCUGAUCAUUCUAAAGGGACAAAGAGUCAAGAUGACCCAUUUGUUAAAAGAGCUAAAGAAUUAAGGAAAUUACAUAGAAAUCAAAUCAAGCAAAAUAAUUACCUAAGUAAGUUGAAAUAG